UUCUCAACCUCUACGCGUUAGAGCAGAGCAGAGCAGAGCAGAGGGAGCUCAAGGUGGUGUGCCUCUCUGAACUCCAUCUCUCUCGCUUUCCUUCUCUCUCUCGCUCUCUCCGAGACUCUGCUUCUCUGAGAGAUGGUUUAAGAGAUUUUUCUCUGAGAGUAAAGCUGUGCUAAAUUUAGCUAAAAGGAAUCGUUUUUCUUGCUUAUACUUCACUCCUCAAAGGCUUUAAAUUUAACCCAAAAAAAAAAAAAAAAAUUUAAAAAUAAAAAAAGUUGAUCGCUCUGCAAUUUUAGACUUCCCAAAGGUCAACAACAAACACUCUUUCGCAGCCUCUCCUCUUUUUUUUUUUUUUUUUUUUUUUUUUUUUUUUUUUUUAACGAAGAUCCUCUGUUUUUGUACAGAGGAUUUAAGCUAAAGGUAAAGCAUUUGGGCCAAUUUGAAGAAUCUGAGGACGACCCACUUGCCGAUUUCAUAAGAAAAAGAAAAUAAAAAUAAAAAUGGAGAAUUUACCUGUAAAGAAGAAACCCACCAUCAAUCUUUCCCUCUUCACCACUUUGUCCGAUUCCUUGUCUUACGAUAGGCAAUCGUAUUCGGCAAAAUCGCCAAGGAAUUUCGAAGGUGGUGUGGUUGGACUCGGCAUAGUGGCUGCUAUGACGGAGUCCUGCGAUACCCAUGAAGUGUUUUUCUCGGCGGCCAAAUUGGCGGUGUCGCCAAGAUCGACCCCGAUCCCUAUAGUCUCUGCGGCAAAACCCGCCGCUAAUUUCAGAGGUGGGUUAAAUUCGGAGAGGAUAGAGAAGGAGGAGAAAGAGGAGGAGGAAGAGGAUGAGGAGGUGGAUGAGUCGUCGGAGAGCUAUACUUGUGUGAUUUCUCACGUUGGGAACAAUUUGAUAAGGAAACGAGUCUACUUCCAUGAUAAGCUUAACGCGGUCGAUGAUGAUUUUGAUGUUUGCAUGGUCAACCCUGGAGUGUUCUCUGCUUCACCGGCGGUCAAUGUUGUUGGUGAAUUGGGGAGGGAGUUUUGGGCACCUGAUUUUCUCAAUUCUUGCUUUCUUUGCAAGAAGCAGCUUCAUGGACUGGACAUCUUCAUGUACAGGGGGGAAAAAGCAUUUUGCAGUUCAGAGUGUAGAGACAAACACAUUAGAAGUGAAGAUUGCAAGGAGAAAUGCAGAUCUGACGCAUUAAAACCACUUGAUUACUCAUCAUCUCCAUGCUCUAGUCCAAUGGUGUUUCUAGCUGGGGUUGCUGCUGCAUAAAAAUAUUUUUGAAAACCAAUAUUCGAGUAAAUAAAAGAGAAGGAUUAUUAUCCAAAAUAAAGUGGUAUUAACUGCAUAUAAAACAGUAUAUAAAGGGAAAAAAAAUUUUUAUAUAUAUAUAUGAUAUUAAAAGAAGAGGGUAUAAGAAGUUAGUCUCUACUCCUGUAAUAGUCGUUUAAUUAUUGCAGCAGAGGGGGAUAAAAAAAAAAAAGGGAAAUUUGAAUGAGAGUUUUGUGACCUUGUAUGAUCUCAGUCCAAGAGACACGGAGUGAGACAGAUAUGGAUUUGCAUAUUCAAAAAUGUGAUGAUCAUAAAUAUUACUUUAGCA